GGGCGGAGCCGGAGGACUCGAGCCUAGACCGCAGGACUCAAUCCACCGAGCACAGCUGCGUCGAGCCCACCUGGUCCCCCUCCCGGCCUUUGCAAUGACCCUGGCAGCUUCCUCCCAGCGCUCCCAAAUCAUUCGCUCCAAGUUCCGAUCUGUCCUCCAGCUUCGGAUCCACAGACGGAAUCAACACUCGCUCUCCGAUCCGGAUCCCUGGAUCUCAGCCUCAGGCCCGGCCCCGGCCCCAGCCCCAGCCCCAGCCUCACCUUCGGGCCCCGCCCCUUUGCUGUUCAGCUCUGGGGUCCUGCUCCCUGAGCCAGAAUACAGUCCAUGGAGGCCCCUGAAGAAGGAAUCUCCCAAGGUUUCCCAGCGUUGGAGGGAGCCUAAGCCUAGGGGGAACUUGACAUACCACCAAUACGUACCCCCAGAGCCGAGACAAGGGUCCAGGGCAGACCCUCAAACUGAGGAGUCAGUGCUGGGUCCCCCUGGGCCACCUCUGUGGAAAGGGGCAAACUCACAGCAGCCAAGUCCUAGGAUGAAGCCAGCUCCCCUCACUCCUUCCCCACCUGGAGUCCCCAGCCCCUCUCCCCCUCCGCACAAGUUGGAACUUCAGACCCUUAAACUGGAAGAGCUGACGGUCUCAGAGCUACGGCAGCAGCUGCGCCUGCGGGGCCUCCCGGUGUCUGGGACUAAGUCGAUGCUCCUGGAGCGCAUGCGCGGUGGAGCCCCACCCCGCGAGCGGACGAAACCCCGGCGCGAGGACAGUUCGGCCGCUGCUCCCUGGCCGCGCCUCAGGCCCAAAGCCCUGGGAGCCGCCAGGCGGCAGAGCUCGGUCAAGCCAAGUACAGCGUGUCACAGGCCACCUCUUCCACGUGCCGCGGAGACCCUGGUGAUGGCUCCGGCUCCGGCUCGAGCUCCAGCUCUGUCUCCGUCUCCGGCUCUGGUUCCCUCUCCGGCUCCGGCUCCAGCCCUGACCCCUUCCUCGGCACCCGCCCCAAUGGUCCUGACGCUGGAGGAGGAGCUCCAGGAAGCGAUUCGGAGGGCGCAGUUGCUUCCGAACCGGGGCAUCGAUGACAUCCUGGAGGAUCAGGUUAAGCCUGACGACCUGCUGCCUCCGAUCCCCCUAGACUUUCCCGGCUCCUUCGACGUGCUGUCCCCCUCUCCGGACUCAGAAGGCCUCUCAUCUGUCUUCUCCUCUUCACUCCCGUCCCCCACGAACUCCCCAUCCCCCUCUCCCAGGGGCCCGACGGACUCCUUGGACUGGCUGGAGGCCCUGAGUGGGGGUCCGCCCCUGGGCUCUGGCCCUCCAGCCCCUAGCAUCUUCUCUUCUGACUUAUCUGACUCCAGCAGCACCCGGCUGUGGGACCUGAUGGAGGCUCCCUGGUGAUGGACUGCAGGGUUUUCAGGGAUUGAGACCUUGUGGGGGGGAGAGGUUACAGAGGGACGCCCCCAGGGAGGGAGUGGAACCAUGGCAAAGCCCCUCCCACCACAGACACCGAUGCCAACUGCCUGAACUUGCCUGCCUGACCUCCAUGGACUCCCCUUCCAUGGGUGUGCGGUUGGGGGAGUUCAUUUGCUGCUAGCCAGAGCCAACAAGCUGCUUGCUGCUUCCUUCGGAGACCUCUUGGAUGUUUUUACGCCUCUCUUCCCCCCCUCACACACACACCAUGGCUGCCUGUUAUCUGGGAGUCUGGAAAGGGUUCUGAGAUUAUCCGAUCCAAGAGAGGGGCAGAGAAGAGGGGAGAUGGAAUAGAGGAGCCAGACCCUCGGAGUCUAGCUGGAAGAGAGAAAAUCAGAAGCAUCCUGUCUUCCGGUCAGCUUCUGUUAAAAGCAGAGCCUGGGGCAAGAUUCCAGUGCCAGUGAUUUGCUAAGGCAAUGCUCCCAGGUGAGACCAGUAAGGGGAUGGGAUGACAGAAGGGGAGAAAACCAGCAAGAGUGAAGUCCCAACUGCAGGCUGAUCCUUUGGGGAGCUCUGGAGCAUAAAUUCAGUUGCAAAGUCUUUCCCACCUUGAAGCAAAUGGAACUGGGCCUUUGUAUCUCGCUGUGUGGGCUCAUUGCGGCCAAUGGAGUCAUAAAACAAAAACUUGGCAACUGCUCAAGAGUUGCAUAGGCUGACUGGGCUCAGCAGGGCAGUUCCUCCUCCGCUCUACAUGGUGUUCCCUCUGUGUGCAGUCACCUCAGGACCCAACUGGGCUGAGACAUCCACAACCAUGCACCCAGAUGUGUCUGCCCCCCUGGGAAUGGCUAGAAGGCUGGCAUUUUAGAAUUCUAGAGCAGCAGCUUCCAUUCUCUUAAGAGGCUAGGCUGGAACGGCGUAGUUUCAUUUCACCUACAUUCUGUGGUUAAUGCAGGUCAGUGAGCCCAGGCUGGAUAUGGGAGGAGGCUAUUUGUUUAUUUAUUUUUAAAUUUGCGUUGGGGUGUGUGUGCUCUAGGGAAAACAGAGAAAAGUGAGAAAUCGCCCUCCCCUUCCCCCGUAGGGUAUGUGCCCACACCGCAAUUCCACUCCUCCGUUCUCCUGUCAGGGUUUUAGACUCACACGCACAUGUACCCAGUGUGUUUCUCAGCCACCAGGUCUGGGACUCCGACGGCACAGUUGGCCAUAUGGAAUCCAGCCAUCCUAACCACUGUGCCACUGACUGGCCCUGGAAGGCGAUUAUUUAACUCUGUGACAAUGGGGGGGUGUGUGGUCAUUGGGGGCCACAUUCAGAGACAUACCACUACCACCCUGAGUCACCCAUGGGCUAUGGGUCACCGGAGGGCAGAGGGAGGACAUCGCACCCCAGCUCUCCAACCCACUGCAAUUCUGAGAAGGAUCGCAGGGUAGGCCAUUAGCAGCAAACACGUUUCAAAUUGUAGGUUUUAUUGUUAUUCAGGUGUGGCAAGGCCAACAGUGAGGACACGACCCCCAGUGGAGGGUAAGUUCCAGCCACAGCAGGGCACUCUGGUAAACACGGGUGCUAAGCGAGCCAAUGCCACCCAUGUGGGAAUCUUAGGUCCAAUUCCCAGCGUAGCCUAAGAGCUGGGUGUGUUCAUGGUACGCACCUGUGUUCCUGCAACUCUGAAGGCUGAGGGAUGAGAACCACAACAGAGUGAGGCCCUGUUGAAAAAGAA